GACCUAACCCUACUUUUGGACUUUUGGCAUUUGAUUUCAAAAUGUUAGCAUUAAAACAUUUUGAAAAUACUUAACUUAGUUAUAUACUACGAAGACAUUAAAUAGUUUUAACUUAUGUUGUGAUGUAAUGUAACCAAAUAAAGUAUAAUAUGUACAAAGGUGUAAUUUUAAAUAUUAGGUUACAUAAAAGUCUAACCACUCAUACCACUAGUUUACUAAAGCAAUACAAAUGUGGAGUAAACUUCGUUGUUCCCAGCACUUCUUAUGUUAAUAAAACAAACUCAAAAUCAUCACCUCCACUUCUUGUAGAUAUAGCAGACAAUGGGGCAUUACCCUUGUCAGAGCUGUUACCUCACAAGCCGAAAGUUGCACCAGCUUGGCAAGUUACUCCAUCCACCGACAGUUCCAACUUAGUAAAACAUUAUUUGAAACUGUCAAAAAUUAGGCUUACAUCCCUUGUCGUGAUAACAUCUAUGGCUGGUUAUGCAGUAGCACCUGCUCCUUUUGAAAUUACAACAUUUUUGUUGUGUACUGCUGGUACUGGAUUAUUAUCUGCAGCUGCAAAUGCCACAAACCAAUUCCAUGAAGUGCCAUUUGAUGCACAGAUGUCAAGAACAAAAAACAGAGUAUUAGUUUGUGGAAAAUUAACGCCUACACAUUCAAUGUUGUUUGCUGCUACUACAAGUAUUACUGGAUUAGGAAUAUUGUAUUAUGGGGUAAAUGGUCUCACUGCCAGUUUAGGACUAACAAAUUUAAUUCUAUAUACAUCAGUUUAUACACCAUUAAAAAGGAUAAGUAUUUUAAACACAUGGGUUGGUUCUAUAGUUGGCGCCAUACCUCCCUUAAUGGGUUGGGCUGCUUGUGCAGAUUCAUUAGGACCUGGCGCAUGGCUCAUGGCCGCUCUCCUUUACAGUUGGCAAUUUCCACAUUUUAACGCCUUAUCUUGGAAUCUACGACCAGAUUAUUCAAGAGCAGGCUAUAGGAUGAUGGCUGUAACUGAUCCGGCACUUUGUAGGAGAGUCGCAUUAAGACAUACUAUUGCCAUUCAAGCUAUGUCUAUGGCUGCUCCUCUCUUAGACACUACCAACUGGUGGUUUUUAUUGGAGACUACCCCAUUAAAUAUUUACUUUAUUUAUUUAGCCUAUAAAUUUUACAAAGAGUCGUCAAGUGCUACCUCAAGGAAACUGUUCCGGUUUUCUUUAAUUCAUUUACCGUUAAUAAUGGUCCUAUUUUUAAUUAAUAAAAAGAAGUGGUUUUUGUUUGAAGAUCAGAAAACUGAAACAAAUAGGACAGAGUUAGUGAGUGCGUAGUUAAAGUGAUAUUUUGUUUCAAAUAAAGUAUUAGGUAC